CAUGACUUUAUAAUGGGUGACGGCCUCGGCCUCGCUUCGCCCACGUCUCUUGCAUGAUGUGUAACCUAACAUGGAGCUAAACGCCCUCUCCGAAAUUAGGCUCCCCUGUCAUGCCCUGUUAUAUUCUGGGCGUUUGUUGGGUUGUGGAUGUUACCCCUCAUUGUGUUCAUGUUUGUUGUGAAGUAUUUGUUGGAAUUUAAAGAAGGACAGAUCUGUUUUAAGAAGAUCUUGGAACUUUGGGAUAUCUUGCAGCAACCUGCACCUUAAGCUACAAGCAAGAAAUCUCGACUCGUAUACAUAAUGGCUCCCACCAAGCCUCUCAACGUUCGCUGGGCGAAAUCUUUCCCAACAGCUCACUCAUCUGCGGCGUUCUCGUACACUUGCACUUUUACCACCAGCAACAAAGUAUGCAACAAAAAGUUCAUUCGUCAAUGCGAUCUUCGCCGACACGAGAAGAACCACGGACGUGCGUUCAAAUGCAGUCACUGUACUCGUGGUUUCCCGUCACCCAAAGACCGCGAGCGCCACUUCAACAGCAGACACAAGCUCACAAUCAAGUAUUUCUGUCCGUAUGAGAAGUGUCGAGAUUCAAUGGGUCCCUUGAGCAACGGUGAGAUUUUAGGUAGUGAUGAUUGGGGCAAUGGCUUCAAGCGAAAAGAUCAUUGGCGAAAGCAUCUUCAGGAAGAACAUAGGCUGAGUCGAGAGACGGUAGGAGAGUUGCAGAAGAAUGUUGCGAUGCCGCCAACGGCUGUGUUGAGGGAUGAAGUCUGGUUGGCCGUUCUACCGCCUUGUAUCUCGAGGACGCAUAGGUCUUCGGUUUCGAGUGAGGAGAGUAAGAGUGUUGUGAAAGAGGAGGUUAGGGAGCUAGUGCUGGAGUCUCAGGAUGAAUCGGAUGAAAUGGAUGAUUGUGAGGAGACUAUUGUUGUGGAUUCGCAACCGAAUGGGGCUUGGGCUGAAGGUUAUGCAGAGAUUGUCGUUUGAGAUGUGGAUUGCUGAAAGAUGCUCCGUCCUGGAAUCAAUUUAUCCAAUAGUGAAGCUAGGGAAUGGAGAAGAAUAUCGAGAUGUUUACUGGAAAUGGCACGAUGAAGCUACCAAAAGAUUAAAAAUAUCAGGGUUAAAGCGUUGAGCAAGACGAUUGAUUCAAUCUACAGUUUUAAUUUCUUUGGUUUCUUCAUUCAACAAUUGUCUUGCACUCCU